AUGAAUAAUUAAAUCACUGGCACUUUAGAAAUAAAAAACUAAUACCAAUAACAAUUUGAGCAAAUCUAAUAACAAUGUCAAGAAGCAAAAAACAAAUUAAAAAAAGCUUUUUAAGAAGGAGUUGCAAUAACAAUUUCUUUUUAAGAAAUUAUGACUAUUUAUAAGUAACUUUUAUUUUUAAAGCUAAGCAAUAUAUAUCAUUUAAGUAAUUAAGCCAAUACUCGAAGUCCUAAUAACCUUAAUAAACAUAAUGACUUUAAUAAUGUUGAUUUAUAAUUGAUAAUAUAUUUUGAAGAUCUUUUGAAAGAAUUCAUUAAUGAAAUUUAUUAAUAAGUUAAUGAAUUGAAAUGGGAAAAAGAGAGUGUAUAAAUAUCUAAAUUAUAUUCAAGGUACUCUUUAUUGUUACAAAACAUAUCAUGACUACAAAGCUUAUUCAUAUUGGCUUUAUAAAAUGUUCUAUUAUUUGGAUUAUUUUAUUAUGCCAUGUCAUGGGAAAACUAUCUUUAACACGUCUUUAAAAUUAUUUAAAGCGGAAUAUUUUGAUAAAUGCAAUUAGCUGAUUCUGAAUACAAUUUUAUAGUUUAUAUAGGAAACAAGAAAGAAUGGAAUAUUAUUGAAUAAAAAAAUCAAACAACUCAUCUAAAUGUAUUCUAUUAUGGGUUCUUAAACAGUUGAAUUGAGGUAUAUGCGAGAAUCUGGAAUAUAUGAUUAUAUUUGCAAAAAUAAAAAGGAUGCAUAAAUAUUCUACGAAGAAUAAUUUUAAUCUCAUUUUUUAUUAGAAGUAAAUUUUUUUCUAUCUUUAGACUUAAAAAUAUUAUAAGAAUGAAGUAGAUGAUAAAUUAAACUUAACUACUAUCGAGUUUAUAAAUUGGGCAAAUUCAAUCUUCAAAUUAGAAAUGGAUAUGUGUUUGGAAUGCUAUCCAAAUAGUUAUUAAGCAUUAAUUCAACAAUUAAAAAUGAUACUAGUCAGUAAUCAAGCAGCUAGAUUAGUUGAUUCCCCCACAGGAUUAGCUUAUAUGUUACAAUAUGACUAGACCGAUUAAUUAAAACUUUUAUUCAAAUAUAUAAUUCAAAUUGAGGAAUGCAUAAUUCAUAUAUCAAAGUAUUUUGAAUAAAAAGGAUAGAGUUUUAAUAAUUCGGUUGAUAGUUAAUAAUAAAUAGAUGAAAAAAGUAGUUAUUUAAAUUAAUUUUUAGAUGAAGCUGAACUCUAUUUCACUAAUAUACUAAGAUUAAUGGAAAAAACUUAAGAUAUUUUAUAAAAUUAAUUGGAAAAAGAACCUGAGGUCAAAAAUUUAUACAGUAAAUCAUUAAUGUAUUUGACGAAUAAACAUAAAAAAUCUCCAAAAUUUUUAGCCAUAUAUAUUGAUAUCAUCAUAAGAAGAGAGAAAGGAAUAAAUGAUAUAGAAACUGAUAAAAUGUUGACUUAAAUUAUUUGUCUUUUUCAAUUACUUGAUCAACGAGAUAUUUUCUUUUAACAUUAUUAAAAACUAUUAUCCAAAAGAUUGCUCAAUAUUUAUUUAUAAGAUCUAUAAUUAGAGAAGUAAAUUUUGUCAAAAUUCAAAGGAGAAACUGGUACAAAUAUUCAGUAACAUUUUGAAUUAUUUUUAGAACUAAAUUAUCCACCAUGAUUUAAGAUAUAGAAGAAUCAAACAGAUUUGCCAUUGAUUAAUAAAUCAGCAAAGAUAUCUAAUUUGAAUUUAAUGCGAUUUUGAUGACUUCUAACUGUUGGCCUAAAUUUGAUAUUUUUGAAAAUAUCAUUAAGCCACUUAAAAUUUAGAAUAUUUUGGAGUAUAGAUUUACUUAUUGUUUUUAGGAAUUACGAAAAAUUGUAUGAAGUUAAAUUCAAAAAUAGAAUAGUCAAAUGGUACUAUAAUUUAGGGCAGGCUGAAUUGAUAUAUAAAAUAUAAACAGAAAAAUACUUCUUGAAUGUGAAUACAAUGUAAAUGAUUGUUUUCCUUUAAUUCAAUAAAGCAGAUUCAUUCUCUAUCAAAAAUAUCUUGGAUUUGACAAAUAUUGAUAAGAUAGUUUUAGAAAAUUCAUUGAUACCUUUCAUUUGUAAGAAGAUAAUAACAAGGGAAAAAUCGAAAAUUGAAGAUUUUUCAGAUGAAAAUGAAGUUGUAAAAUUAAACAAGGAUUUCACAAAAAGAGCCAAAAAAAUUAAAUUGUUUCCUAAUCACAAUAUGUUGCCAAAAAGAGCUGUAAAGCCAAUAAUUUAAAUUUCUAGCAUGAUGAAAAUGAGGAGAAUUAACAAUUAAACUAGCAAAGAGAAUUAGUUGUGGAUUCUUAAUUGAUAAGAUUGAUGAAAAUAAAAAAAACAAUUGAUCAUCAUGAAUUACUUUAAAAGUGCUAAUCUAUGAUUUCUAUUUUUAAACCAGAUUAAUAAUUCAUCAAUAAUAGAAUAGAAAGUUUGAUUGAGAGAUUUUACGUUGCAAGAGAUAAAAAAAAUUUGUAUUUAUUGAUUAUAUCAAUUCUUUAGCAAUGUUUAUCAUUAUCAGAAUUGA